AUGCAGCUGUUGGGACUUUUGCGACCGUCUUGCAGUGCGGCGGUAAGGCACCAAGCACGGCUGGAGCUGCUGUUUGCUUAUUUGCCCUUACUUGGUUCGAUCGUUGCGGGUGUCUCUGGCUCAGCUGACGAUUCUCCGAGUCGUUUCCAAGCGUUUCCCCUAUUUCACUUUCUCGGCGCCGUUGUCCUGGUGUCCGUCGGAGUCUUGCUGUGGAAGAAGAACUCCUUGCCCUCGGUAGCCCAUUAUUUCGAGGACCCUCUGUGCAGCAACGCGCUCUGCGAAUGCUUCAGCUGGCUUCCGAUAGCCGUGACCUGCCCCAUGUUGGUGACAGGUCAUGCGCAGGACAUUGCCCUUACUUUCCUGGACAUGUUCAGCGCCACGGUGAUGUAUGCGCCCUUGCUGGAAGCUCCUCUGCAACUGAUCGCCCGCUAUGCAGCUUACACUGGACUUGCGUGUGCGAGAAUGUUGCACCUAAUGAUUUCAGACCCAGACAGUCACAUCAGCCUGCCACCAUACAUCUUCGAGCUACUUCUUGUGGGAGCCUGUGCAGCAAUGGCCUUGCAGAUCAGGCUACGGUACUUGAGCUUGAAAUCGACUCCACUUACCCCCGAAUGCCUGGAAGAAAGCAGCAGAAGCACUGCAACGGGAAGAGGGUCAUCGCAUCGCUGCCUCCAGACGACGCAGGAGCCCAUGUGGUUACGAAGCAAGGCAGGGCGACACCGCCAAACGCCGCAGGAGUACAUGCCCUUGAUGGCUGAUCGAAAUCGGGGUGAGGCUGGUGUGAGAUUUCACAAGGUCUGGAUGCGAAGGCAACGUUACAAAGCCGAGGUUAUGGGUCGCCUGCUUUGGGCUAUCCAUAUGGUCAGGCAGACAGAGCUCACUUCUGAGGUGUUGGACAACAUCAUCUCCUUUCUGCAUGAGUCUGAAAGGCCUGUAACAGAAUACGUCGGCCUCUUGUGGGAGGACGCCCGGUCUAUGAUCUCAGGCUCGCGGUAUGCUGUCUCCAGCUCUACCUGCGCCUUUUCGUCCCUUUCUUCCGUCGCCCUCCUGCGCACGGCCGUGUCUGCGCGAUGGUGGCUCGCAUUCGACUGGCCUCGGCGGCAAGGCGAGCAGGCACACGGCUGA